CACUGUCCCACUAAUAUCAAACUCCAAUCGCUCAUGUCGAAUUGCGCUAAAUAAUUUCAGACUCGGUGUUGUUAUUUGCUAUGGGGGAUUUAUGAAAUGAAACGGUACUCUUUCUUGGACAGUUCACUGGAGCAUGGUAAGGUGUAUGGAGGAUAAUUUGCUGCUUGAAGCUGAUCUUGGCAUUACACCCUGAAGUGUUACUGAUGAUAUAAAGCAUAAACUUAAAUCCUGAGAGUACAUAUAGAAUUCUCAUAAGUAUCAUUUAGGACCAGUUCUUGGAAUACUGUUCCUGGAACAAAAAACACUCAAGUGAUAAAAAUAGAAUGUAGUAACAUGGCAGCAAGUACAUUAAAAAAAUUGACUUGGAAGAAGAAAAUCAACAUGUGGGAAUCAACUCCUUUUGAAAGUGAGACUUUCUUUCCAUUGAAAGCAGUGUCGUCUUUGUUGUGAAGGGGUGAUAUACGUACUGUAGUGCAUAAUGAUAGUAGAAAGGCUGGGCUGGUCAAGGAAAACUUUUAUUUUUUUCGUAUUACAAGACUGUUUCCUGUUACUAUAUAUAGAUUUCCUGAGUAUAUGCAUGUAAACAAGUUGAAGCCCAUAUUUUCAAAUGGAAGCUACUUGGAUUUAGACUAGUUUAAGUCUGUUCUGUAAAAUUGUAACUACUUCUGGCAAUUAUAAUUGCUUGCAAAAUGGAUACUACUCCUGGUCAUUCCAAUUGCUUAAGUAGUACAGCUCCCUAUGACUCAAGUUUUGGUCAUUUUGACAUUGUAAAUCAAGAAAGUUAUGAUUUAAAUGGUUAUGGAGAAUCCUAUGUCAAUGAAUGUGACAGAUCCAGGAGGGGCCACAGCAGGAAUAUGAGAUAUAAAAGUUGCAGACGUAAUCAAAGCAGGAUCACGGUUAAUUGUAGAGGUGGCACUCCAAAUUACAAACAAAGAGGGAAUAGUAACAGACAAAGAGAAAAGUAUAGUGAACUUUAUAAUGAUAAGGCCCAUUGGGAACAUAGUUAUGAUAUAGGUAUGUAUGAGGAGAAUUUUAACAACCAUGAUAGUAUUAGCAAUUUGGAGGGUAGUUACAGUACUGGAGGUAGUUGCAAGAACAGGCAAGGGUGUAAAAGGAAAAUUGGUGUUCACCAAAAUUAUGGAAAGGAAGGUAACAGGUCUUCAAGUAAAAAGAAGAAGGGUACUGUUAUGACAGGAGGAGGAAAGGAAAGUAACAGGUCUUCAAGUAAAAAGAAGAAGGGUACUGUUACAACAAGAGGAGGAAAGGAAAGUAACAUGUCUUCAAGUAAAAAGAAGAAAGGUACUGUUAUGACAGGAAAAUGUAAAAAUGGAGCAAAGGCUAAAAAUGCUUGCAAAGGGGAUAGUUCAAAAAGAAAGUUUUAUCAAGGUGGAAGUAAUAAAACUAUUGCUUCGAGGGCAACACAUGUUACUGGUGGAAAGAGUGUUAGUAGGAAACAGGGCACUCAGAAUUGCAAACAGAUAGUAAAUAACAAAUAUAGUGUAAGGUAUAAUGAACUUCAAAGUGGUAAGGGGAAUUCGAGAGACAAAUCUAAGGGUUAUUAUGAGAACAAGUCUGAUAUGGGAAGUUGUGAUGACAGUUAUGACGUAAAUGACUGGGGCAACAGUUAUGGUGUAUGUAGAUGGGAAGACAGUUAUUAUACUAAGGGUUUGAGAGACAAACAUAAAAACAUUGUGGGGAAUACCAAAUAUACACAUACUGUCAUUGAAAGGAAAGCUGAUGGUGGUGAAAAUUUAAUUGUGGAAAGUGAUGCAUCCCACAAGAUAGAUGUGGAAACUGCUUUGAUCAAGGAAACAAAUAAUGAUGAGGGAAAUGUCCGAAAUGUGGACCAUUGUAAAAAAUGGAAAUCUUGGUCCAUGGAAGAAGACACUUCAAAAAUCAAAUUUAAUGAAGAUAGAAGUAAUAAAGAUUUUCCCCAAGUAAAGAAAUUGGGGAAAGGCCAUGAAACUAGUGUUAUUGUGUCAGAGAUCUCUAGUGAUUUAGAAGCUGUGUCUGAAGCAAAAAAAUUGGUUGUGCCCCAGAGUUUUAAAAAUUUUGGAGUUACUAAAUUGAAUGAACUGGAAAAGAAUAAAACUUUUUCAACUGUAGCUCAAAGUUCAAGAAAUGCUGAAGCUACAUAUAAAGUGAAGAAAUUCACAGAAAAGCUCGACACUUCUGUGAAUGUGACCCAGUAUUCAAGCAAUAUUGAGAGUAAUUCUCAAGUGGAUGAAAUUAAGGAAGACUGGGAAACUUUUUCAGGUGUGUUGCAGAACCCUGGAAUUAUUGAUACUACUUCUCAAAUGACUGUGUUUACAAAACCAGAGGCCAUUCAUCAAGGAAAUGUCUUCUCUGCUGAGCCUCAAACAGAUUUGAGUCAAAUCAGAAUGGUGCCUGCCAUUGUUCAUCACGACUUACAUAAGAUCAAGAGAACGUCUGGAAGCACUUAUCAGAAGAAAAGUAUAUCAGGGAAAGUAUAUAACAGUGAGCUUCAUGACAAAGAUAAAUUCCAGACUAUUGUGCUUAUAACUGAUCCUUCUUAUUAUGAGAAUCUGAAGUCACUGGAGAGGGAUGGGGUUAAAGUGAUUUGUGAUGACUUUCUAUCCAUAGAGACUGUUGUUGAUGUUAUUCAGAAGAAUAAGGAAGAUGUCGGCAACAAUGGUUUAUGGUUGUUGGUAGCAGGCAUUUUUGACCUAGUAACUAAAGAACUUGACAAGCGUUGCAAGCACUGUGAAGUGCCUAUCACUCACAUAUGUCCCCUUUGGAACUUAGAACAUGAUAAUUAUGAUUGUGUAAUAGAUGAGAUAUUGCAAGCAUCUGACAACUGUGUUAGAGUCUGCCAAGCAACUCUGGGUUUUUCUGGAGUUGUAGCUCUGGCCAUGCCAUUACCAGCACUUAUUGUAAAGUCUGGUGAUCUAAGUCAUAAACAGCUUCAUUGGUUUGCAGCUCAAGGUUCAAUUUUUGUAACUGAACAAAAUUACCAUAUUCUUGAUAAUAUGUAUAAUAAGUUUUGUAACAAAUGGAUUACCUUAGCAUGUUGGAAAUUACAAAAGUUUCUUGAUGCUUCUGUGAUUGAAACCUUUAAAAUGGAAAGUUCCUCGAAGUAUGUAAGUUGUUCCUCAGUGUCUAGUGAGUGGUAUAGUGUAAUGAAUAACUUUUUCACUUUGGUGCUAAACUCAUACUAUCCAAAGGAAACUUUGCACAGAUGGUUAGCAGUUCGAAGUAUGUUUGAUCAAGUGAUAGUUGUGGGUCACACAAGUCACACUAGACUAUUGCAGUCCUUAGUACAUGAAAUGCCUGUGACAUUUUAUGAGGAAACUAUGGAUUUUGAUGAAAAAGGACUGACUCAGAUGAAUCAUUUAAUGGAAAAAUGGCCAACCAGAACUCUUUGGUGUGUGGUGAUUGGGGUUACUGCUAUUGCGUGUCCUAUGAAAAAUGCGGAUUCCAAAUGCUCAGUUGCUACACCUAAAUGUAGAAGCCCUCUACCUGUUUUUGUUAGCAAAAACCAUGCAUUACAAGAUGUUGCAGACAGUCAGCUGGUUAAAACUGUUGUAAAGUCAGCAUUUGAUUUUGUAUCCAGAACUGCUAAGAAAAUGGGAAUUGGUUCAGCUUUUUUUGUGGCUCCCAUCAUACCACAGCAAGUAGUCUGUGCUGACAUGAACUCCCAAGAGUCACAUUCAAGUUUGCACCAGAUAUUUGAAAGAGACCCUACCAUCCCAUUUCUGGUGGGUUCUCCAAGUUGUUGGGUUUACAAUGCCUUUAAUUUUGCUGAAAAGUGGCUUACUUUAAGUAAAGAGACCUUCCUUGACAGUUUGUCAUCUCCCAGUUUCAUUGAGGAAUAUGCUUUACCGGAGGACUGUGUACUUACCUUCAUCAACAGCAGAGAGGAUUUAUGUGCAACAACACAUCAGCUUGAAUGGUCCAAGCUAAUGGUGAAGUCGCUAGAAUACUUUUUGAGCCUUAGAAUAAAUGACCCAUUUCCUUUCACAUUUGGCAUGGCUGAACCAUUAGACACUACUUAUGAAGUAUGCAAAGAGAAUUAUGGCUCCUUUGAUGAUUUCAUAAGUGAAACUGCUCCAGGACAUGAGGAGUCAUUUAGGAGAGAUUUUUCUGUCUUACCUUCUGAAGAUGGAGAGCCCUCAUUGUAUGCUCCAGUAAAAGUGACAACCUCCACUGCAUGUACUACUUUGGAUUCCCCAUCUACUGCUUCACCUGUACAUCUACCAUCUACUUCUGUGAAAGUUUUUCCACCUUCUUUAGAGACUGUUGAGGAUGCUUCAUCAGCUAAACACUCACCCUCUGCACAAGUAACAUUUCCAGCACCCUCCACUUCUAUGACAGGUUUAAAAAUUUUAGAUCCUAUUACAGUUCCUCCACAAUCUUCUUUACUGAUGGUUCAAUCCUCUUUACCACCAGAGACCGAUGUCUCAUCUUCUGCACAAGUGAUAUUUCCUGUGCCAUCGACAUCUAUGACAGGUUCAACAGUUUCUGCUCCUAUGACAGUAUUUUUAAACUCUCCUUCAGUACCUGCUCAGUCUUCACUCUCGUCAAAAACCACUUAUCCAUCACCUGUGCAAACACCACUUCCAGUGCUCAGUGCCUCUUUGACUGGUUCAAUAGUUCCUGCUCCUGUAGCAGUUCUUCCAUCCUCUCCUUCGAUGACUGUUCAGAGGUCUUUAUCAUCAGGAACCUUUCACCCAUCUCCAGCACAAGAAAUAACAAUACCCUCUACAUCUGUGAUUGGUUCAAUAGUUUCUACUUCUGUGACAGACUCACCUAUCUCAGCUACUUGCUCAUCAUCACCAUCCCCUUCACAGGCCACGAGACUUACAUCUUCGAAGAAAGGCCAUAUAAUAAUUCGAAACAUUGAAACUCAAAUUAACCAAAGUGAGGCCCUGGAACUGUUUACUAUUUUUGGGAAAAUAGAGGGCAUGGAAUGGCCUAGUGAUGGAAGUGGAACCCUGGGAAGAUAUCUUAUGGUCAUUUAUGGAGAUAUCUACGAUUGUAAACGUGCAGCACGAGUCCUGAAUUUUCUUAAGGUCUUUGGGGAUAAAUCCAAACUAAAACUUUUUGGAAGUAAAAGAAAUGAUGAAAAGCUGACUUUAAAGAAAAACGACAUGUCACUGGUUUUGAGUGUGUAUGAGGUUAUGGAGAAAAUUAAAGAGAAUAAAAAGAUCUUAGAUGAUUCUGAAAAAAAUAAUGUGUGUAAAGAUAAACCAAAAGCAAAGAAAAAAAGGGCAGGUAAAAGCAUAGAGGAAAAGGUUGGAACCAAGUCUAAAAAAACAGAUAAAAAAAAACUGAGAAUCACAGAUCCUGUCAUCCCAACCAAUAUGCCUUCAGUGGACUCUGAGCAUUUAACCAGGUCUCAUCCUCAAGAAGUGACACCAUCCAGCUUGAAUGAGGAACAGCUUUCAGGAUAUACUCAAGGACCUGAAGAUGUGACAGAGGUUAUAAAAGUGCUUGUUAGUUACAGUGGUGAUCUCAUUCCAGUGGAAUCUAUUGACAAUCUGUUUCUAGAAAUAGGAGCACUCGAAGCUGGAAUUUUAAAGGAAGGUGGAUUGCUCUUCUUUUUCAGAAAAUAUUGCAUUGAACUCGAACUUCUUGAGAAUUUUAGGUUUCCUGAUGGAAAGAUGAAAGUCAAUGUCGUUUCAGUAAUCAAAGUUAAGGUAUUUUCUGAGGAUGAGAGGAAGGCAGCAUCACUGAAAUUGAAAUGUGCAGUUCUGAAAUUAUUAAGGCCUGUAGAAGAAAAGUUGAAAGAAUCACUGAAAAGAGAGAUAAAUGUAUACACAUUCAAAACAAGACCUUGUCAGAUUGGUUUGAGUUGUCCAACAAAAGAAAUUUGUCAAGGAUAUCAUGGAAGAAAAGACAAAAGGAGGCCUCCUCUUAUUUUUGACUACAGCCUUGAAAUGUGUACAGAGCUGAGUUUACAAGGAAGUUGUAGUUAUAGAGAUUCUUGCUCAAAGGCACAUUCAGCUGUUGAGAAGAUGAUGCACAUCAGUUUCUACAGAUCAUUGUUAUGUCCUUUUGUACAUCGAAAAGGUUACUGUGAAGAAAUGCGGAGCAUAUGCUAUCAUGCCCACAAAGGUGAACCCGACAUGUUUUAUAAUGACAGCUGGGAAAAUUUGUAUGUUGAAGGGCUUGGAAAUACUCUCAACUUCUUAAGUGGAGCUGUUACUAAUUUCUAUAAACUCCCUAACAUGAAAUGUCCUCAAGUGUUGUUGAUAACUCCUUCACAAUAUAUGGCAGAUUUGUAUUUGAACUGCAUAUCAGAUCUUACUGCUUCAUGUAAUCAGAAGGCUGUUAAAAUGGAAUAUAAAACAAGUUGUUGUAGUGAUGCUGCUGUUAUAAUCACAACACUGGAGACUAUACUGCCUUUGUUGCCACUGCCAAACGACAUGAUGCUCACCCAGGAUAUUAACCUGAGAUUCCUGAAAGCAUUAAUUAUUGAUGAUGGACCAAGAAUUUUUAGCAGUCUUGAUAAAAGCCAUGCAGAUGCAUUUCAUUCGUUUGGGAGGAACAUAACUGAUCUAAACAUUGUCAUCACAGCAGAAGAGUUAUCUGAUUUUAACCACAAAUUAAUUAAAGAGAUUUUGAAUUUGAAGAACAGUAUUGUAAUCCAGGGAUCAACUAAACCUGAAGGGGAAUCUUCCCUCAAAAAGGCUUCUCUAAAGAGAGGUACUUCACCUUCACCACUUGGAAAAUCUGAGGAAGAUAGAGAGAUUCCUUUUUCCCCAGGAAAAGAGAGAAAAACUGACAGAGUGCCCUCCACUUCAUGUUUGUCUACAAAGUUCCAGCCGCCGACAAGAUUGCCAUUAAAGGCCUCAGGGUCACCGAAAAGUUGUAGGUUCAAGUCUACAUGUUCACUUUUAGAAACAUCCUCAGAUGACAAAGAAUGUUUGGCUCAAAAGUCAGCCAGUGUCAACAAGAAAAGGUUAGAACACAAGGAAACUUCUGACAGAAAGAGAAAGUUGUCUGAUGAUGCCAUUUUGGAUAAACUGAUGAUGAAGCACACUAGUAGUGGUAGUUCAGAUGAAGAAGACAGUACUCCUGAUGAAAGGAGACGGGAACUGCUACAAGCAAUAGAAGUUUUAGAAAAGAAACGUGAUAAGGAACUUCAGCUGUAUAUUGAUACACCAAUGAUUCACCCUCUUUAUGAUAAGAAAUACAGACUUUUUAUGAAAAAGUAUAAGAAAGAUUUUCCUGAGAAGAUUAACCAAAGUCAUGUUAAAAAACUUUGGAAAAAAUACUGGUUAGUGAAUGUAAAAGAAUUUUUAAGUUGUGAAUAUCAGUGUAGGUUUGAAAACCUGACCAAAAAAUUGAAAAGCGUGACUCAAAAUAGUUCUCCAGAAAGUGGUGAGAAGGUGCUAAGCGAAGACUCAUCUGCAAGUGGUGAGGAUAACAAUGAGAAAAUUCAUUCAUUUUCCAGUGAUUAUGAGUUCAGAGAGAGAAAAUCAUCUGGAGAGUUGCCCUUACAGCUGCAGCAUGAAGUUCAUAUGGGGAAUGUUGGAGAAUUUCUAGUUCUGUUUCAACUCAAGGAGAAAGCCAACAUGGAAAGAGGGAGGAUAAGAAAUCCAGAGCUUUUGUUAAAAUUCUUACACAAAUUGUUCAAGAACCAAAUCUGAGGCAGUUACAAGCUAAAGAUAAAACAUUGACAAAUUUGUUUUCUAAUGCCAGGGAGGGCAAAGUAGAAAGAAAGGGCACAUUAAUUUCUUCAUUUACCAUAAUUGAAGGACUUUUGUACAGAAAUAAACAAAAUUUGAAAUCAAGUAAUGUUGAUACGCAAUUAGUAGUGCCGGAUGAAUAUAGACAAAUAAUUUUUAAUUUUAGUCAUAGUGGUUUGUUGAGUGGUCAUGUUGGUAAAGCUAAAACUCUGGAGAGAAUUGCAAAAGAAUUUUACUGGGUGAAUAUGUACGAAGAUGUGAAAAGAUGGACUGCAUCCUGUGACAUGUGUCAGCAUUUUACUCCUGAGGGAAGCAACAUAGUUGAUCUUACUCAACCAGUGCCCAUAUUAGGAGAACCUUUUGCAAGAUGUGCACUAGACAUUGUGGGACCAUUUAAUCCAUCUCUCCAAGGGCAUAAAUACAUCUUAGUUCUCACAGAUUUUGCUACUAAAUGGCCUGAAGCUGUUCCAUUGAAGAGCAUUUCUACAGUAGCAGUUGCUACAGCACUUGGAGACAUUUUUACACGCCUUGGUGUUCCCAAAGAGAUUCUUAGUGAUCUUGGAAUGCCACUUACUUCUUGUAUGGAUGAAAUUUUUAGGCUGAUGCGAAUGAAAGGAUUAAAAACCAUACCUGAUCACGGCCAAUGCCCUGGUACUUGUGAAAGGUUAAAUAACCGUCUUAGGAAGAUUUUCAAGUGCCUUUGUUUUGAACAGUCAAGGUUGUGGCAUGAGUUUAUUAAACCCCUACUUUUUGCUUACAGAGAAGUGGAACAUAAAGGUACUGGUUUCUCUCCCUUUAGUUUGCUAUACGGGCAGGACUUUAGGGGAUCUAUGCAUAUUCUUCGAGAUUUCCUUGAAGGUAGUUUGCCUGAGAACAAAGAUACAUGUAUUGACUAUCAGCAUGUACUUGAGUUAAAAGAACGGCUUUCUCAAACAUGUGCACUUAUAGAGGAAGAAUGUAAAAAAUCGGAGGAGUGCACUUUAGACAAGCAGCAGAAAUACUAUGAUCUUCGAUCUUUUAAUAUACGUGAUAAAGUUUUGUUACUUUCUCAUACAUCAUCAGAUAAGCUAUUGGCAGAGUGGCAAGGUCCAUAUAGAAUUAAGAAAAAAAGAAAAGUUCUGUACUAUGUUAUCAAUGUUGAUGGUACUGAGAAAGAGUUUCAUAUAAAUAUGCUUAAGACAUUCAGAUGAUUGCUUUGUAUAUUAUGGAGUAAAUGUUCAGACCCAACCAAAGUAGAAGGUUUGACUGCUAGUUAUAUGUAUGCACAUUUGUGAAAUACCCUACAGUUGAACCCUUAGUGUUCCUUCAUAGAUUGUGUUUGGUUUUCCAUUUUCGGCAAAAAAAUCUUAAAUAUUUUUAGAGCAUUAUUAAGAAGGAUGAAGCUGUUAGAUACUGAUUCUUAAAAACCAUAAGUAAAGUAUGCGUGCUGAGUAAUAAAAAUACCUGGAGAUACAUGCCAGACCAGGCAUGAGAUAACUUGCAUUUUUAUAGUUAUUUUUUUCACCCAUUGUCUUUCAAAAUGUUGCAGAUGAUUAAUCACUAAAUGGUUAUUUGUUUUUAUUAAUUAAUAAAAUCACUUAUUGAUCACAUAGUUUUCAGAAUAUCACAAAGGUCUAUGAGAAAACUUUUUAUAUUUGUAACCAUAAGAAAAUCUGCAUUGAUCUCUGAAGAAGUUCUAGCAAACUGUAUGUAGGCAGUAAGAUUCUGUAGAAAAUGUGUGCUUUGGGAACUUUGCAAGUUAUUGUAAAAAUGGGAAAAAUAAGAAAAUGCAGAUUUAUGAGAAAAUACAAAAAACUGAUGAAAAGUAUCCAUAAAACAAAAGUUUCACUGGAACACUGAAGUUUCUAAAUCAUACUAAGUUGUAUAGAAUUAAGUUAUUUACCAUUAUGUAAACAAUUUAAUGCCUACAUCAGUAUUAUAGGCAAAUGGGAAAAUAUAUUGUAAAUUUUAAUGCCACAAUAUACAGUAACAUGAAUUUAUUUAAAAUGUUUGAUGAAUUCAAGAAUAUUCAAAUAAAAUAGAGGAUCAUAAAGUAUUGAUAGCACUGUUAAACAUAUGGCACUCUCUCUCUCUCUCUCUCUCUCUCUCUCUCUCUCUCUCUCUCUCUCUCUCUCUCUCUCUGUGUGUGUGUGUGUCAGAAAUGGGAGAAGAAAAGUACUUGAUUACCUCACUGCAUUGAUUGAAAACAUGUGACAUUACAAGUCAUCUUUUGUCAAGAGAAAUGGCAACGUUCCUCAACGAUAGAGUUAGUAAUGUUACUGGGAAUUGAUAAAUAUAAUUUCUAUAAUGUCAUAUGUUAGAAAGCAGGCAUAAUAUUUUUUUAUCCUUGUUUUAAAAGACUAGGUAACAAGUUUUUCAGUUAUUAAAAUAUGUCCCAUUCUGACAGAAAUAGUUUUAUAUACUUAUUUACUAUUACAAUAUUCUAUGAAUUUACGAGAGCACUGAGGCACAUUUCUAAACUCAUACAGUUAAACCUAAAGAUCUUUUCUUAAAUGAUAGGCAGAUACUGGAACAAGGUAAUGUUACACAAGCUGGAUAACAAAAGGUCUUUGAUACCAUCUUCAAUCUACCAUUUAAACCAUAAUGUUCGAGAUAUUAAUUUAAAGAUGCGCUGUUAUCUUGACAAAGUGUAAGUUAUAUAUACGUACUUUUGUAUCUUAUUUCUGGGUGAUUUUUUGGAAUAUACAGAAAAGCACUCUAAAGUGUAGGUCAUAUGCCUCUUUAUGAUGAUUUGUGGAUAUUUGACAGUCUACAUUUUUGAAGGCUUGAUGAUAGAACAGUGUACAAUGGGAAAAUACUCUUCUAGUUCUCAAGUUUUUAUUUUAGAAAUAUGACUGAUUGGCCCUUAUUAGGUAAUUUAUGGAUUAUAAUGAUCCAGUCAUUUUCAUUUGAUUUGUUUAUUAGAAAUUUUAAAAACAAAAUUAUUUUCUAUACUAUUAGCUAAGAACGGAAAACUGUUUUAAGUAUGUAGUUAAGAAAAUAUGUGCACUGCAGUGUGAAUACAACGCAAAUCCUUGGUUUUUUAACUGGAACGAAUGUAACACAAUGCCAAAUAGCAUCAAGUGCUAAGGCUUAGAAAAGAAAAACCAGAUAUCUUUAAAGGGCUGUCUUUAUGACAAUGGCCUGGUCAUCAGGUUGAAAAGAGAUUUGUUUACUUCUCUUAAGACACAUUGAUGUAUUUACACAUAUUUUGACAGAUUGUAUGUGUAUUUAGUAAAUGAUUUGUAAAUUUGUUUUCGUGGCACUUUUAAGUGAAUUAUUGUAAAAAAAAUAAAGUUGUUUAUAUGCUUGUAAGUCAAA